CCGCCAAGAAAGCCCACCCGAUCCGAGUUCCAGCGGUGACCGAUCGAGCGCGCGCUCCCCCCAUGGCGUCAGAGGAUGCGGUCUCGCCGGCGCCGGCGGUGUCCGCCGCGCAGCAGCUGCAGACCGUGGUGCUGAAGGUGUCCAUCCACUGCCUGGGAUGCAAGAAGAAGGUCAGGAAGGUGCUCAGGGGCAUCGAAGGCGUGAAGGAUGUCAAGGUCGACGCCGCGAUGCACAAGGUCACGGUGACCGGCACCGUCGACGGCGACACGCUCGUCAGGAGGCUGUACAAGUCCGGGAAGCAGGCCGUGCCGUGGCAGCACCCGCACGUCGCGCCCGUGCCGGCGCCGGCGCCGGCGGCCAAGGAGCUAGAGGCCGCCCCGCAGCCCGAGGCUGCGCCGACCGGGGACGGCGGCAAGGGCGAUGCUGCGGCGGAGAAGGCGACGGAGGAGAAGGCGGUGAAGGAGACCGAGGCGCAGGCCGAGAGCUCCGAGAAGAAGGUGGAGGAGGGCGCGGAGUCGGAGAAGAAGCCGGAGGCGGAGAAGGAAGCGGGGAAGAAAGAAGAGGAGGCGAAGCCAAGCGACGAGGCAAAGAAGGACGGCGGCGAGAGCGAGGCUGCGCCCGAGACGAAGGCGAAGGGCGGCGACGACGUCGCCGAGCCCGCCAAAGAAGCUGCCAAGAAGGCUAGCAAUGACGACGACGGAGCAAAGGAAGAGCAGAGCAAGCCCAAGGACGCCGGCGACGCACCGCCCGCCGCCGCGACGACGACGGAGCGGUCCCUGAAGUUCACGCCGCCGCCGCAGCAAAGGCACGCGUACGAGGAGCAGCAGCAGCACUACCCCUAUCCGUACUACGGCACGCCACAGCCGGUGGUGAGCUACCACAUGGCGCAGCCGACCACGAGCGUCUCCUACUACGCGCCCCGGCCGGAGCCGGCUUACUCCAUGCAGCAGCAGCCUCCGCCGCGGACGGAGCCGGCGUACCCCGUCGAGCAGCACUACCCGCCGCCGUCGUCGCCGCAGCCGCAGCCAAUGCAGCAGCAGUGGUCGCCGUCGUACCUGUACAUGCCGUACCCCCACUCGUCGCCGGACUCCUACUACCGCGACUACUACAGCCCGCCGGGGACGAUGCACGCGCCGCCGCCGCCGCUGCAGGACGAGUACCGCAUGUUCGACGACGAGAACCCCAACGCGUGCAGCGUCAUGUGACCACCAGCCAGUCAGCCACGCACCGCCGCCGCCGGCCGCUGUGGUAGAGGCUUGGGCCCCGGGAGAAGUAGUAGUUGAGGUAGAGUAGCUUGUUUACUCUCCUCCAUGGGAGAGGUCAAAGCUCUCCUUCACCGAGCCUUUUUUUUUUCUUUCUUUUAUUACUUUCUCUUUAUUUUCUUUUACUGUUCUAAUUAAUUAGAGCAUGUAAUUGUAAUGAGACACGCCCAAUUAUAUUUUUCUCUUA